AUGUCAAAAGGGCCCUCUGUAACGCAAAAAAACCUAGAAACAAGUGCGGAAACAACGAAAACAGACGAUGGAGUAUUGUUAGAUCAGUUCGAGAUCCAAGAUGAAACCCCCAAAUCUCUGGUAUGGGAGGCUGCCUUCGUCGGUGUCCUGUGCUCGGCUCAAUUGAUGACACAGGCAGGACUUGGCCAAUCAAUAGCGCCUCUCCAUAUUAUCGGUGAUAGUUUUGGAACGAAGAAUCCUGGGCAAUUGAGUUGGUUUGCCUCCUCAUACUCCCUCACUGUUGGGACGUUUAUUUUGAUUGCCGGUAGACUCGGGGACAUUUUUGGCCACAGGAAGUUUUUUAUUCUUGGGUUCUUGUGGUAUGCGCUGUGGUCCCUGCUUGCCGGUUUUAGCGUGUACUCUAACAAGAUCUUUUUCGAUUGUUGCCGAGCCUUUCAGGGCAUGGGUCCUGCCUUUUUACUACCUAAUGCCAUUGCCAUCCUUGGUCGGACAUAUAAGCCAGGAAAGAGAAAGAAUAUGGUCUUUAGCCUGUUUGGGGCCUCAGCUCCUGGUGGAUUCGUCCUUGGAGCGGUGUUCUCGUCCAUGUUAGGACAACUCGCGUGGUGGCCAUGGGCUUAUUGGAUAAUGGGCAUCGCUUGUUUUCUCUUAGCAGUAGCAGGUUAUUUCGUGAUUCCUGGUACUCAAAUGCCGAGCCGCAAUUCACCAUCUUUCAACAUAUUGGAACGGGUUGAUUUUGCGGGAUCUGUUACUGGUGUCAUUGGGCUAAUUCUCUUCAAUUUUGCCUGGAAUCAAGGUCCCGUGGUGGGUUGGGAAACCCCAUAUACGUAUGCGCUUUUAAUAGUUGGAACCGUGUUCUUGGGCGUUUUUGGAUUCAUCGAGUCGCGAGCAGCUUUUCCAUUACUUCCAUUUGCUGCGCUUUCUAGUGAUGCUGCCUUCGUGCUUGGAUGUAUAGCUGCAGGAUGGUCUAGUUUCGGCAUUUGGAUAUUCUACACAUGGCAAUUCAUGGAGGACUCAAGGGAGCAAUCUCCUCUCCUGUCUAGUGCACAAUUCGCACCCGUGUCGAUCAGCGGAUUUUGCGCAGCCAUCACGACAGGAUUUCUUUUAAGCCACACGCCUGCUAGCACGGUCAUGCUUUUUGCGAUGACAGCUUUUACUGUAGGAAUCAUAUUGAUCUCCACAGCUCCUGUCAACCAGACUUAUUGGGCCCAGACCUUUGUCUCAAUCAUCGUUAUGCCCUGGGGAAUGGAUAUGUCUUUCCCCGCUGCUACAAUAAUGCUGAGCAACUCAAUGCCACACGAGCAUCAAGGCCUUGCAGCAUCUUUGGUCAAUACGGUAGUGAACUAUUCGAUAUCCAUUGGACUGGGUGUUGCAGGUACAAUUGAGUCUCAAGUUAAUGACGGAGGAUCCAAUGCUCUGAAAGGAUACCGUUGUUCUUGGUACUUGGGUAUCGGGUUGAGCGGGCUUGGGAUUUUUGUCGCUGCAGUGUAUGCAUCGAGCACAUUUGUGAAGUCUAAGAAAAAGGCUACCGAAAAGCAAUUUAUAGAAUAA